AGCUUUGGAGAGAAAGCAUGCCGAGAUACACGGUGCACGUCCGAGGAGAAUGGCUGGCAGUGCCAUGCCUAAACUGCAGGAACACAAUCAGGUGGCUGGGAAAGGAAGCUGUGAAACGCUACAUGAAAAACAAACCCGACAACGGGGGAUUUGCCUCUGUGGAAGAAGUAAAAUUUUAUGUUCGAAGGUGCAAGGGACUUGGCUUGCUGGAUCUUGAUGAUACAGUAGAGGAUGCUCUGGAGGAUAAUGAAUUUGUUGAAGUUGUUAUAGAAGGAGAUAUAAUGUCUCCAGAUUUCAUACCAUCUCAGCCAGAAGGAGUUCAUUUAUACAGCAAAUACCGAGAGCCAGAACAGUAUAUUUCUUUAGAUGGAAACAGCCUAACAACGGAGGACUUGGUCAAUUUAGGAAAGGGGCUCUACAAGAUAAAGCUCACACCUGAAGCUGAAGCUAAAGUCAAACAAUCACGAGAAGUGAUUGAAAGGAUUGUAAAGGAACAGACAGUUGUUUAUGGAAUCACCACUGGGUUUGGGAAGUUUGCCAGGACUGUCAUCCCAAACAGUAAGCUGAGAGAGCUCCAAGUGAACUUGGUCCGUUCGCAUUCUGCAGGUGUGGGGAAACCUUUGACCCCAGAGAGAUCUCGCAUGCUGUUGGCACUAAGAGUCAAUGUCCUAGCAAAAGGAUACAGUGGAAUAUCCCUAGAAACACUCCAGCAAGUUAUUGAAGCAUUUAAUGUGUCCUGCCUUCCUUAUAUCCCAGAGAAAGGGACAGUCGGAGCCAGCGGAGACUUGGCCCCUCUCUCUCAUCUUGCUCUGGGAUUAAUUGGAGAGGGAAAGAUGUGGUCCCCAAAGAGUGGCUGGGCUGAUGCCAAAUAUGUCCUGGAAGCCCAUGGUCUGAGACCUAUUACCUUGAAACCAAAAGAGGGUCUGGCUCUCAUCAAUGGGACACAAAUGAUCACCUCGCUGGGAUGUGAAGCAGUUGAAAGAGCCAGUGCUAUAGCUAGACAAGCUGACAUAAUUGCUGCCCUUACACUUGAAGUCUUGAAGGGUACAACAAGGGCCUUUGACACAGAUAUCCACGCAGUGCGCCCACAUCGAGGGCAGGCUGAAGUGGCAUUUCGAUUCAGGUCCCUUCUAGAUUCUGACCAUCAUCCGUCAGAAAUAGCAGAGAGCCAUAGAUUCUGUGACAGAGUUCAGGAUGCGUACACAAUGCGCUGCUGCCCUCAGGUCCACGGAGUUGUAAAUGAUACAAUUGCUUUUGUGAAGGACAUAAUGACGACUGAAAUCAACAGUGCCACAGACAACCCUAUGGUGUUUGCUGAAAGAGCAGAGACUAUUUCUGGAGGAAAUUUUCAUGGUGAAUAUCCUGCAAAGGCUCUGGACUAUUUGGCAAUUGGUGUGCACGAACUUGCUGCAAUUAGUGAAAGAAGAAUUGAGAGGCUCUGCAACCCCUCACUCAGCGAACUGCCUGCAUUUUUAGUCACUGAAGGCGGUCUGAAUUCUGGCUUCAUGAUUGCACACUGCACAGCAGCUGCCCUGG